AUGCCAAAGCCAAAGCCAAAUACAAAUAGGACUAAGCGGAUUCAAAAGGAGUGGGCAAAUAUCCAAAAGGAUAAGGAGAUAAACAACAUGUGCAGUGUUGGUCUCGUUGGGGAUAGCCUCGACUUUUGGCAAGCUACAAUCUUUGGCCAACCUGGUACUCCUUACGAAGGAGGUUUAUUUCGUUUAUCCAUUAACUUGCCAAACGACUACCCAAUCAAACCACCCAAAGUUACCUUCGAAACUAAAAUUUAUCACCCCAACAUUAACAAACAGGGUAGCAUUUGUCUUGAUAUGCUUAAAGAUAAGUGGACUCCAGCUUAUGAGGUAAGGGCUGUUAUUAUCGCAAUUUGCUCGUUGAUGAGUGAUCCAAACCCAGAUGAUCCGCUAGAGCCUUCCAUUGGUGCUGAGUACAAGCGUGACCGGCGAGCGUUCGAGGCUACUGCUCGUGCAUGGACCAUGCAUCAUGCUCAACCUUAAGUAAUGAAGACUACUAUAAAAUAAGCAAUUUGCAUGCAUGAAGGCUUGAAGUAUAUGCAA